UGACAAUUCGUGACACACCGCGCCUUCGUUCUCCCGCCUUCAGGAGAACUCGAAAACUUCUCUACCACAAGCAAUAUUUCUGACCAUGAGUCAAUAUAACGAUUAUUACGGCGGAGGCGGGAGUGGCGGCUACGUAGCAGGGUCACCCUAUGGCGGCGCCAACAGCCCAGGUGGUUUCGGUCGUAAAAGCGAAACAUCACACUCCCUACGUCCGAUGACAAUCCACCAACUCCUGAACGCGCAUCAAGCGCAUGCCGACGCUGACUGGAUGUUAGAUGACACGGAAAUUGGUCAAGUCACAAUCGUUGCACAUAUCGUAUCAGUACAAGCACAGGCGACUAACAGCCAGUACAUUCUCGAUGACGGGUCAGGGCACAUAGAAGCACGGCGCUGGAAAGAUUCGUCGGUCGAAGAUGAAUCCGAGAAACUUGGCAUAGUAGAGGGAGCAUAUGUCCGCGUUUUGGGCAGCCUGAAGAUGUUCGGCAACAAAAAAUACAUCAACGCAACGUUUAUACGGCCGGUGGCCUCGCCGACUGAGGUUUACUUCCAUAUCCUUGAAGCUAUGACCGUCACCCUGAUCUGGGAGAGGGGGCUGCCCCCGCGCCCUGGUCAAAGUCCCCAAGAGGCUGGGCUGAAAACUUCCUCAGCUUACUCCGCGCAGCCACUCCAGAAUGUCGAUAGCGAGCAGUAUGCGCAUCUGCCAAAAUUACAUCGCGCCAUCAUUGCCUUCAUGCAAAGCCAGCCUCCUAGUGAUGUGGGUGUUCAUGUAAGUGUAAUUGCCCGAGCGGUCGGCGGCGAUGCUGUCUCGAUAAGUGAUGCUCUGGACAAGCUUUCGGAUGACGGUCUGGCUUUUUCCACGAUUGACGAGUCACAUUAUAAGCUUGCAGCAUAAUCUAUCUGUACUCUGUUGCCGUUGUCUUUAUGUUAGUUGCAGUGGUAAUGGCUGUCGUGUCAUGUUUGUGAAGCGCUUAAGUGGGUGCUGCGCUGCUGAACU